CAGGUGCCAGGGAUGGCUGCGAAGCAAAAACAAAAUGAGAGAACAACAAUAUAAAGCACAACGCUACUUUGUAGGAAUAACAGAAACACACAACACACACCGCCGACCGCUUCAACACAAUGUGUCUGGCUGCAAACGGCAAUUAAACGUAGGCGAGCGGUAAUGAUUACGUUUUGUUAACUUAACUCCGAUAGCAGCAAGGCAACGCAUCGCAACCGAGCAAUGAGACAAUUUCGAGUGCAUAGAAUGAUGUACAUAAAGCGGCUCAAAUGUUAAUGCCAAUGAGAGUGGGCCGCCAAAUGGGAAUCCAAAUCCAUCCAGCAACAAACCACCGAACCGUCAAUCAGAAACCGAAGAGGGGAAAACGAAACGAGAAUUCCGAUUCCGAUUUAAAUGAGCAGAAAUCAAAAGAAGAAACAGAACUCGAGAAGCGCGAAAGAGAAAGAAAGUAAAGCUUCAAGUGAAAAUUAGGCCAAAACGUUAUUUAAAUACAUAUGUAUAUGUAUUUUGCUUUCCAACCUGCGGCCAUGCCAUUGGCUUCCCAAUAAUAACAAAUGAAACCUCGCCAGAAGAGGCCAUCCCAUCCCAUAUAACAUUCACCGAGCAUCGCAACUUUGUUUAAUUUAAUCAGAGUCUAGCUAAGUACUAAACACAAAGCAAAAAUGGAAUUUCUGGAGAAUAUUGUCAAGAGUCUUCAAAGUCUGUUGUCAUCCUACAUCGACCUGGACUACUCUAUGUGGCUGUAUCGCUUCCUGACGCCGCUGAUGGUCACAUUCCUGCUGCCCCUGGUCUUCGUGGCCCUCAUAUACAUAUCAUUCUUGGUGCUCUUCAUCUACAAGCUGCACAGGCAGGUGAUCAUGCGAUCUGUGCAAACGGAUCGCAACUUCUGGCGCGUAGGCCGGAAGAUAGUGGCCGCCAUAUGGGACGCUCAUGCGAGGAUCUACCACGGGUACGAGGUGAUCGGCCUGGAGAACGUACCCCAGGAGGGUCCGGCGCUGAUUGUCUAUUACCAUGGAGCGAUACCCAUCGACAUGUACUAUCUGAACUCGCGGAUGCUGCUGCAGCGCGGCCGCCUGAUCUACACGAUCGGGGAUAGGUUCCUGUUCAAGCUGCCCGGAUGGGGCACCAUCUCGGAGGCCUUCCACGUCAGUCCCGGCACCGUCCAGUCCUGUGUGAGCAUUCUGCGCGAUGGCAACCUGCUGGCCAUCUCGCCGGGCGGCGUCUACGAGGCCCAGUUCGGGGACCAUUACUACGAGCUGCUGUGGCGGAAUCGUGUGGGCUUCGCCAAGGUUGCCAUAGAGGCCAAGGCCCCCAUAAUACCUUGCUUCACGCAAAAUCUACGCGAGGGCUUCCGGCAAGUGGGCAUCUUUCGGAACUUCUUUAUGCGCCUGUACAACAAGGUUCGCAUUCCGGUCUAUCCCAUCUACGGAGGCUUUCCGGUGAAGUUUCGCACGUAUUUGGGCAAACCGAUAGAGUACGAUGAGACCCUCACUCCGCAGGACCUUCAGAACAAGGUUGCCACCGCCAUUGAGGAACUGAUCAACCAACAUCAGCGAUUGCCGGGCAGUAUUCUGAUGGCACUUUUGGACCGGCUGCCGGCCUUCAGACGGGCAUCUUCUUCAGGCAUCAAAAAGAAGGUGGAGUAGGCGCAAUUCAGAGAGAUUUACUCCGGCUCCGAGAGAUGAUCCUGCUGCCCGUACAUAUUUGCGGGCUGCUGUGCUUAUCCCACAACGAUGAUAACGUUUGAAGAGAGAUUAACAGAGAUUGACUUUGGUUCUUUGGCCAUUAAAGACUUUCUUCCAUGUACUUGAUGAUCAUAGUACUACUAUGUAUAAGUAGUUUAUACGUACACCUAAACACUUUUACUAAGCAUGUGAAGUACCUAAUACUUGGUCCCCCCCCCCCCAUCGCCUUUGCACUACAAUGCAAUGCCUUUUGUGUUAUUGUUUUUUGUUCGCGGUUGCUGUUACUAAUAUUUAGAUAAGUUCUUUCCUUAUUUCUUAUGUUUGCGUCUAAUUGAAGAUCCCCCGUCAAAAACUCAGCCUGCUAUGUCACGUUCACGUUCGCGUUCGCUUAAGUGCAAACACGGCAGAUCGUAUAAAUUGUCAUUAACACCAGCUAUAGCCGAUAAAUGUUCUAAGGUCAACGUGAGUCCAAUUCUGAACAAAGAAGAAGCAUUACUCGAAUUAUUAUUAUUAUUUUGCGCUUUUUUACACACACCAAACAACAAUAAUUACCCUAACCAAUUUUGAUAUAAUUUUUUUUCUUAGUAUAAUUCUGGCUGCAUUAAACAAUUAUCUAAUUAGUCUUGCGUUAAGUGUAUAAUUUCUUAUGACUGCGUAUAUAUUUUCGCAACCUUUCUUUUCUUCUGUUUGGGGACUGAACACUGAAGUGAAGCAGUGGAGGAGCAGUAGGCAGGUGCAGCAGUCGUCUUGCUGUCGAGUGAAUGUGUGUUGUGUGCGCGUGCUGUGUAAUAUAUGUGUGCAUGCAUAGCUAAGAAAAAGACUGUACGAUAUAGUAGUAGUAAAUCUAAGUAUUUGCAUAAGUAAAUGAAUGUGACAUGAUGCCCCUACCCCUACCCCACAUAUGGCAAAAGCUAACACGGAUUUCCAACUGACAACAAAAAAUUCAAAUGUGGAAAUAAAAUGCGGUAAAAAUAUA